CUACUUUUUUGUGUUAUAAAAUUAGAAAUGUGUUUUUAGUGUUCACCUUCCACCACCCGGAAUCGAACGAGCAAGGAAGCCCAAUUUCUCCCUUUCCCAAUUCCCAAAAUUUCAGCCCAGAAACGAAUAGUCAUCAGAAGUAAACGAUUUCAACCCGAGUCCUCCCGGCGGCCACCGCGAGAACCGUCGUCCCGUCCACCCAAUCGAUUCAGCACCAAGGGAAAGAUACAGAAGGUUCUUCAUCAAAAAACGAGAAGACGAAGACGACGACGAAGAAGAAGAGAAUCGGAUGAUAUGUUGUUGAGAGCGGCGUGGAAAUGGUACCAGAAUUGCUUGACCGUGCAUCCGGUGAAGACGCAGGUGAUCAGCUCCGGCUUGAUUUGGGGCUUCGGCGACAUUUCUGCCCAGUCCGUCACUCACUACACAUCCAGGGCUCGCCGCUAUCUCUCCUCUGAUGAAAAGGAAGAAUUUAAGAUAAAUUGGAGAAGAGUUGCCACCACAAGCUUGUUUGGCCUUGCAUUUGUUGGACCGAUUGGUCACUUCUGGUAUGAAGGGUUGGACCGAUUUCUCCGGUUCCGGCUUCAGUACCAGCCAAAAUCACUGAAAUUUGUUGCCACAAAAGUAGCACUAGACGGAGUCAUCUUUGGGCCGUUGGAUCUGUUCGUGUUCUUCAGCUACAUGGGCUUCGCGAGUGGAAAAACCGGGGCCCAAGUAAAGGAAGACGUGAAGCGGGACUUCCUCCCUGCCUUGAUCUUGGAGGGAGGAAUAUGGCCGAUCGUCCAAGUGGCCAACUUCCGGUUCGUUCCUGUGAGAUACCAACUCUUGUAUGUCAACUUCUUCUGCUUGCUGGAUAGCUGCUUCCUCUCAUGGAUUGAGCAGCAGCAGGAUGCUGCUUGGAAACAGUGGUUCACUUCCUUUCUGCAAUCUAAGGAACACAAACAAGAACAAGAAGAAGAAGAAGGCCACAAUUUGUGAUCAAAGGGCCUUUUGGUUUCAGAUAAGAACCACAUUUUUUAUCACUACCCCUAUCUCAUUCUAAUACCAUUGCUCCCAAACUUUGUAGUGUUUCUUCUUCUUCUUCUUUUCCACUUAUCAAUGUCUCACAAGGCCAAAUAUUCCAUUGUCAUGAGAUUCCAAUUAAGAGAUUGUUCAACUGCGUAAUCAAAUUGCUCGUUUAUG